CCUCUUUCUCUCUCCAUCUCGACCCCUCUUGACUUUCCAUUCCUUCCCCAUCUCUCUCUCUCUCAUCUUCCCCCACUUUGCUCCGCUUUCCCGUCCACCGCCACCGCCACCGCCACCACCGGCCAAGCCAUGGAUCCCUUCCACCACCUCAACACCGCCUUCUCCAACCCUUACCACCCGCUCCUCUCCUCCUCCCCGCCCCACCCCUACCACCCUCCGCCCCCUCUCCCGCCUCCGCCCGCCGCCGCCCCCGCCGACCCGCCCGAGCGGGAGCGCCUGCCGCAGUGGUCGCACGCCGAGACCGCCGCCUUCCUCGCCAUCCGCGCCGACCUCGACCACUCCUUCCUCUCCACCAAGCGCAACAAGGCCCUCUGGGAGGCCGUCUCCGCGCGCCUCAACGCGCAGGGCGGCUUCGCGCGCACCCCCGACCAGUGCAAGUCCAAGUGGAAGAACCUCGUCACCAGGUUCAAGGGCACGGCCAGCGAUGCGCAGCCGGAGGGCGGAGACCAUCACGCCGGCGCGGCGGCGAGGGGCAGCUUCCCGUUCCACGACGAGAUGAGGAGGAUCUUCGACGCCAGGGUCGAGAGGGCGCGCGCAUUGGAGGCCAAGAAGGUCAAGGGGAAGGAAGCCGCCGCGCGGCGCGAUCCGGACGACGAUGGCGGCGGAGAGGGCGACGAGGGCGAGGACGACGAGGAGGAGGCGGAGAUGUUCGACGAGGAGGAGGGCAGGGCCGAUGCGGAGACGAGGGGCGCGGGGAGGAAGCGCAGGAGGAAGGCGGCGCCGGCGAGGACCGCAUCAGCGGGAGGAGGAGUCGAGAUUGGCGAGGUCGAGGCGGUGCUGCGGGAGUUCAUGCGGCGGCAGAUGGAGAUGGAGGAGCGGUGGAUGGAGGCCGCGGAGGCUCGCGACGCCGAGCGCCGGGCGCGCGAGGAGGAGUGGCGCGCCGCCAUGGUCGCGCUCGGCGAGGAACGGCUCGCGCUCGUGCGCCGCUGGCGGGAGCGCGAGGACGCGUGGAGGGCGCGCGCUGAAGAGCGAGAGGAGCGCCGGCACCAGCUCGUCGCCGCCCUGCUUGCCAAGCUCGGCGGCGACACGUCGUCCUGAUCCAUUCCACCAAUCGCCCUUCCAUGCUAUGCACGCACCAUGCCCUGUUGCAUGCCCUAAAGAGAUUUGCAUCUGAAAAGUUUUCUAGUGAGAGGAAAGAAAGGAGGCGCAGCAGGGCAUGAUGGGGGACGCAGUCAAGUGCAGCUGCUUUGAUUUUGCUUUGCUUUGCUUAUCGUGUAGGAAGGGUAUCAAUGCCCUGCUUGUAUAUGUUUGCCUGAUUGGCGACACAUGUGUGCAGAAGCCAGAAUCCACUCGAAGAACCCUGACUGCAUCAUGUGUUGAUGCAUACUAGCUAGAUAGUGCUUAUUUGACGAUAUUAAGGACUUAAUUAGAAGUGGACUUUCACUAAUGAUGAUGUAGGUAAAGGUAUGACAAGUAUGAAAUCAUGCACCAACACAGUGUGUAUGCACAAAAGUAGAGCAUGAACCAAGAACACAACCCUGUAGAUACAUUCGUUUUCUGAAAGAAAAUUGCAAGCCUUAUUUGUUAUAUGGAGUUUAAGUAACCACUUGAUCAAGUA